AUGUCAUCUCUACAAGCAGCACAAUCGCGUCUCGAGCACGGAAAGCGCAAUCUCGAAGAAGCGCGCAAAGCCCUAUCAGUCGCGCGAAACGAUCCAAACAAGUCAUUUGAGGAUCAUCAGCGGAUGCAGGAUGAAGUUGAUCGAUGGGUCGUCUAUUAUCGGGAGGCGGAGAAGGAGGUUCGGAAGUGUGAGAAGGGGAAGGGUUUUUGGGGGAAACUGAAACCGGGGAGUGGUUAG